CCUUGUGCCCAGGCGAAGUGAUGGCAACAUGGCGAACUUAGCUAGCCGCUUAGCUCGAGUGGUCGGGACUGGUCUUUGUACUGGUCGAUAAGUCGUGUUUUAUCGACCCACUCGCGUUAGAUGAGUGCAACAUCAAGACGUCUUGGUUGGUCGCAGCAGCUGUUUGGUCCUUGCUUAUUUCGUUCCGCCUAUCAACACGCCCUUGUCCCUGUAAUAAAUAUCGACCUCCACAGCUCACGGGGGCCAGUUUUCUGCUUCUCUCUCCCUGCUGCUGCUGCUGCUGCCACCUAUUCCCUGGACAGAGUUGCCCAUCCCAUCUCCUUCACUCUCAGAAGACCAUGGAGACAGAAAUUGAACAGCAAGACGACACUUCAUUCGGAAACACAGAGUCAAACGGUAAGCGCCCUGCUGAGGAUGCAGAUGAGCAGAAAUCAUUCAAGCGCUCUAGGAACUCAGACGAGAUGGUUGAGCUUCGCAUCCUCCUGCAGAGCAAAAAUGCAGGAGCUGUGAUUGGGAAGGGUGGCAAAAACAUCAAAGCCCUCCGUACAGACUACAAUGCCAGUGUGUCAGUCCCAGACAGCAGUGGGCCUGAGCGCAUCCUGAGCAUCAGUGCCGACAUCGAGACAGUUGGAGAAAUCCUGCUGAAGAUUAUCCCAACAUUGGAAGAGUACCAGCAGUACAAUGGUAUGGACUUUGACUGUGAGCUGCGCCUGCUGAUCCACCAGAGCCUGGCUGGCUCGAUCAUUGGAGUGAAGGGGGCCAAGAUCAAGGAGCUAAGAGAGAACACAAAGACCAGCAUCAAGCUGUUUCAGGAGUGUUGUCCUCAGUCGACAGACCGGGUUGUGCUGGUCGGCGGUAAAACGGAGAGAGUGGUUGAGUGUAUCAAGACUAUGCUGGAGCUUAUCGCUGAAGCUCCCAUAAAGGGCCGUGCACAGCCCUACGACCCUAACUUCUAUGACGAAACAUAUGAAUAUGGUGGUUUCACCGUAAUGUUUGAAGAGAGGGGAGGAGGUCGCAGGCUUAUGGGAGGGUUCCCCAUGCGAGGGGGCAGGUCCAGCGGCGGAGACCGUGGAUUUGACCGAAUGCCCUCUAGCAGAGGGGGACGGGGACCCAUGCCUCCCUCCCGCCGGGAUUAUGAAGAGAUGAGCCCCCGCCGAGGUCCUCCUCCACCCCACCCGAGUAGGGUUGGCAGGGGGAGCGGCGGGCGUGGACGCAAUAUGCCCAUGGGACACCCACACAGAGGAGGAGAAGAUCGUUACUAUGACUCGUACCGUGGCUCAGAGGACAGGUCCAAUGACAGAAGAGGCAGACCGGAUCGCUAUAGCGAUAACAUGAGUGGAGGAGGAUAUGACAACAGUUCCUCCUGGGAUAGCUACCAGUCAGGCGGACGUGGCUCCUAUAAUGACAUGGGUGGCCCUGUCAUCACCACACAAGUGACGAUCCCUAAAGAUCUGGCUGGCUCAAUCAUUGGUAAGGGAGGCCAACGGAUCAAACAGAUCCGCCACGAGUCAGGAGCCUCUAUCAAGAUCGAUGAGCCUCUGGAAGGUUCUGAGGACCGAAUAAUCACCAUUACCGGGACCCAGGAUCAGAUCCAGAACGCCCAGUACCUUCUACAGAACAGUGUGAAGCAGUACUCUGGUCAUUUGCUGUAGACCCAGGAGACUCAGAUUGAAGCAGACUCAGAUUGCCCCCCCCCCCCCCCCCCCGUCCCCUGUCCCCUGCCCCUCAACCUUUCGGCCCCUUUCCAACACAUCCCCUUCAGACUAUUAUUCUGGAUUGUGGGUGUCUUUUUUGAAUUUUAUUUUUGUAUUUUUUAAUGAAACAAAUGUCCAACAUUCCUGUGCAUAAAAGAAAAUGUAGAUGUUCCGCAUUGUAAGAGUGUGGUCCAUUAGUUUAUCGCAUACACUUUGCUUUGUUGUUUCUAACACUUGCAUCUAUCAAAAUAUUCUUCAGUCUCCUGACAGACAAAAAUAAACAUAACCUUCAUUUUUUGAUGGUUUCGAUUUUUAUGAGUUGUAUGUGUAUGUUUGUGUCCUGUUUAAAUCUGUUGUGUGUAUCUGUGCGCGCGUAUUUGUGAGUGUGCGCGUCAGCAUGUGUGGGUUGGGUGUGCUCUUGCUUGUCUAUAUCGGUCCCUUCACACAAAGUUGUACCACAUUACCACUCUGUGCAACAUGCAGAAUGUAAGCUACAUUUAUCUGGAUUUGAACAGUUUGUUUUUAUUUUAAAAUGUGGGAAAUUUCACCCUUCAGAAUGGAAUUGGGGAUCUUUAAGUUAGGACUCUUGUUCAAACCAGAUACAGAAGAAUUUGUUAGAAUAUCCAUGGUAGUUGUGUGAUGAAAUUAAUUAGAAUACUUCAAGGUACUCCUCAAAAAUGGAAAGAUGUAGCUAGAAAUUUGUUUUGGCAUUUUAUUAGAGUUUUGACAAAUGAAAUUGAACUUAUCUAUUUUGUCCCUGCAAUUUCCUGUGCUGUUCACUUGUUUGCUCUCCAUGCUGUAGAAUUCACAUUGUCAAAUUGUAAAAUGAAUAAAGAUGGUGCCACUUUUUACUGAA